AUGGCCCUCUCCGCGGCAGCAUCCACGCUGGCCCGUCUCGGCUACUACGAGAAGCUGGCGGGCAUCCUGGGCAUCAUUGGCCUCGUUCUUCUCUUCUGGCAGCGCACUCGCCAGCCCUUCUACCCCGACCUACCGCUCGCGGGGGAAACUCCGCACCGGCGCUGGUUCUCCCUGCGCACCCGCUUCCGGUACUACACCGACUGCGCUUCGCUCUUCAACGAGGCGUACCACACUGUGCGUUUCCAUGCCUCCACGUCUUCUUCCUCGACCCUAUCACGGCUUAAUGCUCAUGCUUCACAGUACACCAAACAUGGCAAGGGAGUCCUCCUCCCGUCCGUCGGCGUCCACACCGCCGUCGUCAUGCCCGAGAGCGCCCUCGACUGGGCCAUGUCCCAGCCCGACUCCGCGCUCAGCAUCACCCACGCCUUCGCCGACCUCAACCAGACCCGGUACAGCCUCGGCGACGCCCGCUACUGGCGCGACCCCUGGCAGCUGACCCUCGUCAAGGCGCACCUCGCCGCCGUCACCCCCGCCCUCGUCCCGCAGCUCAACGACGAGCUCGCCGACGCCUUGGCCAAGCGGCUCGGCACCGACACCGACUCCUGGCGGGAGAUGGAGCUGGAGACGACCCUGCGAAGGGUGGUCGCGCAGACUCUCAGCCGCCUGAUCGUCGGCCCGGAGCUGUGCCGCGACGAGGGCUACCUGGACCUCGCGUACAAGGUCGUGCUCGGCGUCAUGACCACCAUCUUCGCUACGCUGCCGUAUCCGGACCUUGUGCGGGCCGUCACCGGCCCGCUGGCCAGCUGGCACACGCAGCGCCGCAUCUCCAGGAUCCAGCGGCACCUGGAACCGCUCUACCGCGAGCGCCUCGCCAUCCUCCGGAGCGCCAAGGAGGACCAGCCGCCGGACCUGCUCAUGGCCAUGAUGCGCUUCGCCCAGAAGAAGCGGCCUGAAGAACUCGCCGACCCGGCAAUCAUCGCGCGCCGCGUGUGUGCCGCCAACUUUGUCGCCAUGCACCAGACCACCAUCGUCCUCACCAACAUCAUCCUCCACGUCCUCGGCUCCGACGCCGAGUUUUCCACCAUCGCCGCGCUCCGCUCCGAAGCCGCCGCCCAUCUCCUCUCCUCCGAGCGCAUCACCAAGGACGCCUUCGCGCAGAUGAAAGUCGCCGAUAGCGUCGCGCGCGAGGCCACGCGCCUCAACUUCCCGCUCGGCGGGCGCGCCUCCCCGCGCACCGUCAUGCGCGACGGGCUGGUCAGCCCGGAGGGCAUCCGGCUGCAGCGCGGGACCACCGUCUCCUGGCUGGCGGGGUGCGCGCAGCUCGACCCGGAGGCGUUCCCGGAGCCGCGACGGUUCGACCCGUUCCGCUUCUCCCGGGGCGACGGUGACGGGGAGGGAGAGCGGGACACGUUCGUCAAGACGUCGGCGCGGUACCUCCCGUGGGGGCACGGUAAGCACGCCUGCCCGGGGCGCUUCGUCGUCGACUACGUCGUCAAGAUGGCCCUGGCUCAGCUGGUGACCAAGUACGACCUGGCGUGGCCGGAGGAUUACGGGGGAAAGCAGCCGCCAAGCGUCUGGUUGGCGGAGCUGUCCGUUCCUCCACCAAGAGCGCGGAUCAUGGUCAGGAGACGCAAGGUGUAA